ACCCAUUCAGGCAUGUCAUGUUUCCCUUUGCCACUUUGCAAAAAUCAGUAUCUCAAGAGAACACUCGCACCCAAAAAAAAAAAAAAAAAGGAGGGAGACAAGAGGACACGAACUGUCACCGAACGAGUUGAAACUGGGAGGACUCAGAACUGAACCACGUGGAAAGUUCUCUUUGAGUUUUCACAAAGUCUGGCAGGUUUUGAUAAGCAAAUUCUACCCGGGGUUUGGCUUCUUCAUUGGCUGUUCAUUCGCCGCCAGAUUUUGACACAAGUAAUCUGAUUGAAAAAUCAGGGAGGGGAAUGGGUGUAAAGAAUACACACAGAGAGACAGAGAGAGACAUACAAACCCAAGAGAAAUUAAGAGAAAGAAUAUCUCAGAUCCAGCAGACAAAGAGCGUGCGGAAAAGUAAAAAAGAAAGAAAGCUAGAAGAGAAGAAGACACUACAUAGAAGAAACUCUGCUAAACAGAUCUCUGAUGACGGAGUGAGAAGGACAUGCCUCGGUCUUUCCUGGUUAAGAGUAAGAAGGCCAACCAGCCCCGUGUUGUGGACGACGGCUUCCUGGUGCCGAAAUGGGAUCCGGAGGAAAUGGCGCCCCCCUGCUCUGGUGUGAUGACGGACAGCGUUCCUGAUGAGACCAAAGCAUUAAACCCCGGUUACCCACAAUGCUUUGCUCCCAGUGAAAAGAAUGAUCCGCACAGUGUCAAAGAGGAUGGUUUCCAAGCCAAGGCGAUGGACCGGACAGCAUCAGGGCCUCCAACUCCAGAACUACCCGUGCCGGCACCGAAAUCUCAAAACUGCAGCCCUGCGGGAAAUGUUCCUAAUUUCUAUAAAUCUAAUUUCACUUGGGAUACAUUACACUCUCCGUACAGCUACCGGCCAGUAACGUCUGCCUUUCUGGAACAUUCUCUUCACUUGUAUGGAAAUCCCCCACACCUGCUGGCUUCCGAAUCGCCGCUAGAUUACAGCAUGCGAUUCUCACCGGACAUGGAGACAUACUGCUGCGUAAUAUGUAACAAAAUAUUUUCCACCCCUCACGGUCUGGAAGUCCACGUCCGAAGGUCACACAGCGGGACGCGGCCCUUUGCAUGUGGGACCUGCGGUAAAACCUUCGGGCACGCCGUGAGCUUGGAACAACAUACCAACAUUCACUCUCAGGAGAAAAGCUUUGAGUGCAAAAUGUGUGGGAAGGCUUUCAAGCGCUCUUCCACACUGUCCACGCACCUCUUGAUCCACUCAGACACACGGCCUUACCCUUGCCAGUAUUGCGGGAAGCGCUUCCAUCAGAAGUCAGAUAUGAAGAAACACACUUACAUCCACACAGGAGAGAAGCCGCACAAAUGUCAGGUUUGUGGCAAAGCCUUCAGCCAGAGCUCCAACCUCAUCACGCACAGCCGCAAGCACACGGGAUUCAAGCCGUUCAGUUGUGACCUUUGCGGGAAAGGGUUCCAACGGAAGGUGGACCUGCGGCGUCAUCGGGAAAGCCAGCACACCCUUAAGUGAGGAAAGAAGCAGGCUCGGCCCCGGAGUUCCACCGCGGCGGGGUUAGCAACCUGCGGCCCGCGGGCCAAGUCCUGCCCAAAUCCUUGGCCCAAUUCACAAAGCCCCACCCACCUUUUGCUAGGCUCCACCUCCGCCCACUCUAACCACACCCACUGAAUUGGGCGGGUUUUGAUAGAGAAAAAGGUCCCACCAUUUCCGAGCGAAAGGCAGACAGAGAGAUCUUCUUUACUCUUUUAAGAAACUCUUACCUAACGUCUCCGUGAGGCUCUUAGCUUCAUAUCAAUCUUCCUCGUUUAGAGGCUAAGGGACAGAUUAAAUACUGGCCAGUAUUUUAACAACACAAACAGCUGUUUUGUAGACCAGGACACACCAUCUACCUGUCUUAAGAGCCGUCACAUAAUAUCAAGCGCUGAACGAUGGCAUCUUCCCUAUAGGUUUUUUUUUUAUUUUUCUCGGAUUGAUUGUCUUCAGAACCACCCCUGCCUUUAGACAGAGUUAAGGCAACGGCUUCAGACAUCAGCACCAACCUUUCUCGUCUGCUAUUUUCAAAGAAACAACAAUAAUUGUAAAUAUGUGUUUAUGCUUGUAAUCACGUCUAUAUGCACAUUGUUUUCCAAUAAACAAAGGCAAUCAGAAUGUCUGCAGAUGGUUGGUAUCUGGCAACAAAGUCGCCGAAGUGCUUAUUUACAGAUUAUUUCUUACUAACCUGCCACAAUCUACGUAUUUUACAUAAUAUAAUAGUAGCCUUAGAACUGCAGGGCUGAAAAAGGCUAUGGAUCACCUGUUCUAGCCCCUAUGAUGUCAUGUGCAAAUAUUUGCCAUCUUAUAGCUCUCUCUUAUGUCUGAGGAAGGGGCUUUUAUCCCUGAAUGCUCACAUCAAAAUUGAACAAUUAGCCUUUAAGGAGCCACAUGUUGCCUUUUUUUUCAGUUGGAUUCUGUUUGCCUUGAGCUAAUCUGUUUUGACAUAUGACUGUCACACCCAUAUCUCUAAGAUAUUCCUAUGGUUUCAUGCUGCGGAAUAUGGCUCAUCUCACACCAUAGGGUCCUAAACCCUAUUAAAUAACUGGCGCUGACGCAGAGGGUUCUUCUAGGUAGCUAAUCCAUGGGCAAACCAAUAUAUAUUUUCGUUUCAGAAUUCCCUGGCUAGCACGAUUGUAAUUUACAAAGCCCCUUGAAGUGGUAUAGUGCAGGACAUUAAGUGUUCCAAAAUGGGGUUAGGACAGCACAUCAGCUAAAAAAUUGCUUUUUGAUCCUCAUCAAUGACAUUGUGUUACUAUUCCCACCCCAGGAAAGGUUUAGAUUCAUGUUGAAAAUUAUUCUGUUAAUAAAAAAAUCCUGCAACACAUGGCUUAGCCAAAACAAGGAAAUUUGUUAAACUUUACCUGCAAACCAGGAAAAAAAAAAGGCUAAUCGGACAGCUGGCUUCCCUUCUGUUCUCAGGAACAAAUGAUCUGGUGUUCUAGGACAUUUCCAUGACUAUCAGUGAUUUACAUGAGGGAGUGAAGAGAUUAUACCCUGCUUUUCAACCUGUGUCUUCCCAAAAUAUUUCUUCCUACUUCCUUUUUCGUCUCCGGCUACUCGUACCGUUCUACUCGCUGCACGAGCUGUGUGCAAAAUUCUGGGGUCCGGCAGAGAUCAAAGCAGAAACUAUUUUCAUUUUAGAGGACUCAAGUAUCUAGUCCUCGUGGAGAUCACAGAAUCUGGGAAUGAUGGAGUUGGAAGGGGGGGUCUCUAAGGCCAUCAAAUCCAACCCCCCUGGCUCAAGGCAGGAAUCAAAAUCAAAGGAGAUCGGAGAGAAGGUGGUCCAACUUCCUCUUUAAGAUCUGAGAGCUUAAUAAAAUUCAAUUCCCAAAAUCACAGGAAAAUUUCCGUCCGAUGUAUGCGCUUUCUUUUGGUGUGUGUGUAUUGACUGGUUGUAAUGUGUGUGUUUUUUAAGUACAAUGUUCUGCAUCUACUAUAUAUCUUAUAGAACUGCUAAAUUCAUUCAACAAGGCAUGGAAAGAUGAAAUUCAUUGGCUGUUUCACAAGUUUUAAAGUUAACCUCGCAACGUGAUACUACUUUGAGAAUGCUUUUUUUAUAUUACUAUUAGGUUAUGCUUUUCUGACUGUUUAUAGGUACUUACAUGAGAUGCCGAAAUACUAUGUUUAAGACUGAUUUAAUCUAUCCACUUGUGUACAGCCUGGAUGGGCCAUCAAGUCCUAAAAUGUCCAGUAUUUUGCAAUGUGGGCUCUGUUUUAAGGUUUAAAUAGAAUCUUUUAAUGACCUUAAGCUGCCUUUGAAUACCCAUUGUUUAGCUUUAAAUAUUGUCUUUCAAGGAGGUAAGCCGCCUGGGGCCCUU